GAAAGGGGCGGUAACUGGGUGGCUUCGGUUGUGGCGGGUCCUCGGCGAUUGCGCGCCGUGGGCUGAGGCGGCUGUCGGCAUUCAGACAAUGCCGUGACGCAGUACAGCGGCGGCGUUAACCUUGUGAACGCACCCCUACGAAGGGAACCUUUCGGUUCGGGCGGCACCGCGCUGUGGAGACAGGUUGCUAUUUGAGAGUGCUUCCUCGAAGCUCCUCAGCUAGUGGGGGAGGGGUGGCGGAUGCCGAGCGGUCCGCGUUUGCGCUUGCGCUUGAGUCUGCCGACCCGGUCUGCACGCACGCGCAUGCCCGUAGCUCGCGGAGCCUCGGUGGCCAGCCAUACCGCGCGUGCGCGCUGAGGAGCCCGCUAAGGAGCGGCGCUGGCGGACGUCGGGCUGGCGGCCCGUGACGUCGUGAGGAGCGCUUUAAAGUGCGGGCCGGGCCGGGCGUCUGAGGGUCUGACUGGGAGUCAGGCCGAGUCUCCGCCGCAGCCCUCCGCGGCAUGAGGCGCUGCCGGAGCCCCUGCCCCCUGGGACGUGGAGAAGGUGGAGGAGGAAGGCGCCCUGUUGUCGCUACCGCUGCAUGACCCGCCGCUUCUGAGGCCCGACCCCACACCUGGUCCCUCGACACCCCCCGCCGCGUCCUCUGCCCACGAAUGGGGGCCCAGCGCUGAGAGCCUCAUUUCCCUCCGGGGGCCCCGGGGCGCGUCCCCCGAGAGCCAUGCCCGGCCGUCCCGCCCGCCCCGGAGGACCCUAAGAGCGGUGGCGCGGGGGCCAUGGCGGCUGCCAGCGGCUACACGGACCUGCGUGAGAAGCUCAAGUCCAUGACGUCCCGGGACAACUACAAGUCGGGCAGCCGAGAGGCCGCGGCCGCGGCCGCCGCUGCUGUGGCCGCUGCCGCCGCCGCCGCCGCCGCGGCCGAACCUUACCCGGUGUCUGGGGCCAAGCGCAAGUAUCAAGAGGACUCAGACCCGGAGCGCAGCGACUAUGAGGAGCAGCAACUGCAGAAGGAGGAGGAGGCGCGCAAGGUGAAAAGCGGCAUUCGCCAGAUGCGCCUCUUCAGCCAGGACGAGUGCGCCAAGAUCGAGGCCCGCAUCGACGAGGUGGUGUCUCGCGCUGAGAAGGGCCUAUACAACGAGCACACGGUGGACCGGGCCCCGCUGCGCAACAAGUACUUCUUUGGCGAGGGCUACACGUACGGCGCCCAGCUGCAGAAGCGCGGGCCCGGCCAGGAGCGCCUCUAUCCGCCGGGCGACGUGGAUGAGAUUCCCGAGUGGGUACACCAGCUGGUCAUCCAGAAGCUGGUGGAGCACCGCGUCAUCCCCGAGGGCUUCGUCAACAGCGCGGUCAUCAACGACUACCAGCCCGGCGGCUGCAUCGUGUCUCACGUGGACCCCAUCCACAUCUUCGAGCGUCCCAUCGUGUCCGUGUCCUUCUUUAGCGACUCCGCGCUCUGCUUCGGCUGCAAGUUCCAGUUCAAGCCUAUCCGGGUGUCAGAACCUGUGCUUUCCCUGCCCGUGCGCAGGGGGAGCGUAACUGUGCUCAGUGGAUAUGCUGCUGAUGAAAUCACUCACUGCAUACGGCCUCAGGACAUCAAGGAGCGCAGAGCGGUCAUCAUUCUUAGGAAGACAAGAUUGGAUGCACCCCGAUUGGAAACAAAGUCCCUGAGCAGCUCCUUGUUACCACCCAGCUAUGCUUCAGAUCGCCUGUCGGGAAACAACAGGGACUCUGCUCUGAAACCAAAGCGGUCCCACCGCAAGGCAGACCCCGAUGCUGCCCACAGGCCACGGAUCUUGGAGAUGGACAAGGAAGAGAACCGGCGCUCAGUGCUACUACCCACACACCGGCGGAGGGGUAGCUUCAGCUCUGAAAACUACUGGCGCAAGUCCUAUGAGUCCUCAGAGGACUGCUCAGAGGCGGCAGGCAGCCCCGCCAGAAAGGUGAAGAUGCGGAGGCACUGAGGCCUGCCUGCCACCCUCCUGGGAACUCUGGCUAAUUCUCAUGUAGCUGCCCCUCCUUUUGUUUUGUUUUGAGAAUUUUGUUUAUUUUUUGUUUUUUUUUGAUCCUUUUUUUUUUUCUUUUCUUGAUUUGUUGGCUGUUAAGUCUGAAGAACAGAAUUGGCCAGGACCUGGGUUCUUAUGUUCUUGGUUUUGCUCCUGGGUGGAAAGGCUCUUGGUAUCUGUAGGGGACAGAGGCUCACACUGGAGUGUCCAGUAGAGAUGGUGGUGGUGGUGGGGGGGGUGGGCAGCCAUCUUCAAGUGGGGUUGUGUCAGGUAGGGUUUAUUUAAAAGCAACAAAAUGUUUUAGUUCAGAAAAUGAUUUUGCUUUCAAUGUAAAUCUUUGCAGAGUUCUAAACAAAGUUAAAUCUCUCGCCUGUCCCUUUUCUCCAUUUACAUCUGUGUUUGGUGGAGGCCUCCUAAAGCUUUUGCUGCAAGCCCUGUGUUGGGCCUGCUGUCCUCCACUUCUCAACUGCUCUCCAUGCUCUGGAAGCUCAUGCAGAUACCCUUUCUCUCCUGUGACAGGGUUGUUCAGGUUGGCUAAGCAGGGGUUUAAACAAUGCUAGCACAUGCCAGCCCAAAGCUAUUGCCAAGCCCCCUGGGCUUCUUCCAUGCCCACUGGACUGUUCUACCCACAAUUCCUUGGGUUGCUGAGGGGCUGGUGCAGUGGUCCUGACCUCUCUUGCCAAGAGUACGCCUCUGCUGGGUGGCUCCUUUCAAGCAUAUGCUUGUGAUUGUAUGGAACAGUUAGACUUGCCAUGUUGGGUCAGUUUUAGGAAUUUUUUCUAGCUACAGGGCCUGGUGUUCUAGCAUUUGGGGUAUGGAAAAUUGUUGUGGUGUGUGGUAGGGUUUUUGUUUUCUUUUGUUUUGAGUUUUUUCUUUUGGUUUCCUGGUUUCUUCCUUUCCCUUUCCUCCUUCCUUCAUUGGCCAGCUUGGGCUGCCUCCUCAUGCCAUCCCUCUUGGAAGGAGCCUGUCCCCUCUGCCUGCCUGCAACAUGUAUCCAAGGCCAGAGCUCAGGCCUGCAGGUUCAGUUGGUGCCAUCUCCACCUUGGGUGUGGGAGCUGGGGAAAGGGGCUUUAAAAAAUAAUAAAAGAGAAAAAGGUAAAGUUUUUGGCAAUUUGCCAGUUCUACUCAGAUCCUAGAAAGUAACAGGGUUUUGCUGACCUAGUCCAUUAGGAAAGUCUUCUCCUCAACUAGGCCAGGACCAGGGCUCCCGGCAAUCAGGCUACCACCAUUCUGGGGGCUUUGUUUCCACAGGCCUAGGCCUGAGGCCUCAGAGGCUACAGAGAUCUGGGGCAGCCACCAUCAAGAAGCCCCUCUUAGGGGCCAGAACUCCUUUGCCAGUGUGGAUUCCUCAAGUCAGGACUGCAUAAUUAAAGCAGUUGCAGUUUUAUUAUUUUUUUUUUUUUUACAGCUUUUUUCCCAAAAAUGAUUUGUAGUUUUGUGUGUGCAGCACUUUGCCCUUAUAUGUGUGCUCUACAAUAAAAACCAAAUCUAAUAUAUUUUGAAA